AUGUCACGGUCCGGGUCCGGAUACGACGCCGUCGUGGACGUCGACGACGAGGGCGACCUCGGCCAUACCGACCUUCAAGACGAUCUCGAAUUCCACAGCUCUAACUUCAAUGACACGACGCCGGGCACUCGCAAGGCGCCUGCGUCAGGCCUCCCGCCGCCUGCGACAGCAUCGUCCGGCUCCUCGAAGCGCUUCCUCUGGAGCAUCAACUUUUACGCCCAGUACUUUGACGUCGACACCUCGGCCGUACUCUCUCGCUGCUGGGCUGCGCUGUACCCGCGCGCCAACUUCCUCGACGUUUUGGAGGGAAACCCUGACCUCUACGGCCCCUUCUGGAUCGCCACGACCGUUGUCUUGAUCCUUUUCCUCGGCGGCACCAUCAGCCAGUACCUUGCGAGCACAGGGUCAGGCCCGUUUGCCUAUGACUUCAAGCUCUUGAGUGGUGCCGCCGGUCUGAUCUACGGCUACACGCUCUUCGUCCCUGUCGCCCUCUACCUCGCCCUACGCUACUUCGGCUCCGAGUCCGCCAACCUCCUCGAGCAGUGGGCUCUCUACGGCUACGCCAACCUCAUCUGGAUCCCCGUCGCCCUCAUCAGCUGGUCCCCCAUCAACAUCCUCAACUGGGUUUUCGUCGCCGUCGGCUGCGGCCUCUCCGUCGCCUUCCUCCUCCGCAAUCUCUACCCCGUCCUCAGCGCCACCGACCACCAGACAAGCAAGAUUCUGCUCGUUGUUGUCGUCGCCCUCCACCUCGGCCUCUCGCUGGCCAUCAAGAUCCUCUUCUUCGCCCACGGCAGUCCCGUCGCGAGCAAGGACCCCGCGGCGCCGCCCGCUACGCCCGCUAACCCCCCUGCCGAGGGAGCGCCUCCCACCUUUUGA